AAUUUAUUACGCAAGGUCAAGGUCAAGGGCGAGGCCAAUGCUUAUUACAACUUAGUAUGCUCUGUCGCUGCUUCCUUUACCCGAAACGUCUCCUCUGCCGCUUCUCAUCCUCUGCAGCCUCCAUAGCUGCUCCUUCAGUCUCUCCAGCGCUUCUAAAACAAUGCAAAUCCGUUUUCCAAGCAAACCUCAUCCACCAGCAAGCCUUAAUUCAAGGCCUAUUCACUCAUCUCUCUAUCAAUCUUAUCUCCACCUACUUAGCUCUCAAUGCUCCUUCUCAUGCUCUUUCUCUCCUCCAACGCCUUACCCCUUCUUCCUCUUCCGUCUUCUGGUGGAACGCUCUCAUCCGCCGUGCCGUACGCCUCGGCCUUCUGCAUCACUCUGUCUCUCUUUUUUGCAGAAUGCUCAGUCUUGGAUGGUCACCUGACCAUUACACUUUCCCUUUCGUCUUCAAGGCCUGUGGUGAGCUCCCCUCCUUUCGCCAUGGCAGUUCACUACAUGCUGUUGUCUGCUCUAAUGGGUUUGAAUCUAAUGUUUUUGUUUGCAAUGCGGUGGUGACUAUGUAUGGCCGGUGUGGCGCGUUGAACCAUGCGCGCCAAAUGUUCGAUGAAAUGUGCAUGAGUGAGAUAUAUGAUUUAGUUUCUUGGAAUUCAAUAAUCACCGCUUACAUGCAAAGUGGGGAUUCGAAUAGUGUACUUGGGUUGUUUCAUAGAAUGUGCGAAGUGGGUGAUAAAGAUAUCCGACCGGAUCCUGUUAGUCUUGUCACCGUGCUCCCAGUUUGUGCUUCUAUGGGUGCCUGGUUGUGUGGUAAGCAGGUACAUGGCUAUGCAUUGAGGAGUGGCUUGUUUGACGAUGUGUUUGUGGGCAAUUCACUUGUGGAUAUGUAUGCAAAGUGUGGAAUGAUGCACGAAGCAUGCAAAGUUUUUGAGCUUAUGCGAGAGAAGGAUGUGAUUUCUUGGAAUGCAAUGGUUACUGGCUAUUCUCAGAUUGGCAGGUUUGAGGAUGCUCUUACUUUGUUCGAGGAGAUGAGGGAACAGAACAUUGAAUUGGAUGUUGUGUCUUGGAGUGCGGUUAUUGCGGGAUAUGCACAGAGGGGACUCGGCUACGAAGCAAUGGAAGUGUUUAGGCAAAUGCAGAUUUGUGGGUCGAAGCCGAAUGAGGUUACCCUUGUGUCUCUUCUUUCUGGUUGUGCUUCGGUUGGAGCAUUGCUUCAUGGGAAGGAGAUUCAUUGUUAUGCCAUAAAAUGCAUUUUGAACUUUGAUAAUAGUGAUCCGAGAGAUGAGCAUUCGGCAAUUAACGCCAUAAUUGACAUGUAUACAAAGUGCAAAAGUAUUGAUGUUGGCCGUGCCAUCUUUGAUUCCAUACUGCCAAAGGAUAGGAAUGUUGUGACUUGGACUACUAUGAUUGGUGGGUACUCCCAACAUGGAGAAGCUAAUGAUGCAUUAGAACUCUUCUCCCAGAUGCUCAAAGAGGACAGAUCAGUAAAGCCAAAUGCGUUUACAAUAUCAUGUGCCUUGAUGGCAUGUGCUCGUUUGGCUGCAUUGAGAUUUGGCAGACAAAUCCACGCUUAUGUAUUGCGCAAUAAGUAUGAUGUACUUUUUGUGGCCAAUUGCCUGAUAGAUAUGUAUUCUAAAUCUGGAGAUAUUGAUAUUGCUAGAUCUGUGUUUGAUAACAUGAAGCAGAGAAAUGCAGUUUCAUGGACAUCCCUAAUAACAGGUUAUGGCAUGCAUGGACAAGGAGCAGAGGCACUUAAGGUUUUUUAUGACAUGAGAAAAGAGGGUCUUGUACCUGAUGGCAUAACGUUCCUUGUUGUGCUCUAUGCUUGCAGCCAUUCAGGAAUGAUCGAUGAAGGGAAUAAAUACUUCAAUGGAAUGAUAAAAAACUUCGGGGUUAUUCCUGGAGAAGAACACUAUGCUUGUAUGGUUGAUCUUUUGGGUCGUGCUGGUCGCUUGGAUGAAGCCAUGAAGCUCAUUGAUGAAAUGCCUAUGAAACCGGGUCCCAUAGUUUGGGUAGCAUUGCUCAGCGGUUGCAGAAAACAUGCUAAUGUGGAACUUGGGGAAUAUGCUUCGAACAGAUUGUUAGAAAUGGAGUCAGAAAAUGAUGGAUCUUACACAUUGCUUUCAAACAUAUAUGCAAAUGCCAGGCGUUGGAAAGAUGUGAGCAGGAUCAGAUCUUUGAUGAAACAUACAGGGAUUAAGAAGAGACCUGGUUGCAGUUGGGUCCAAGGGAAGAAAGGCCAUGCAACCUUCUUUGUUGGGGACAGGACUCAUCCACAGUCUAAACAAAUAUAUGCAAUCCUCACAGAAUUGAUUCGACGAAUUAAAGUUAUUGGGUAUGUUCCAGAGACUAGCUUUGCUCUCCAUGAUGUGGAUGAUGAAGAGAAAGGUGAUCUUCUUUCUGAACACUCUGAGAAGUUGGCUCUUGCCUAUGGCAUCCUAACAUCAGCUCCAGGAGCACCAAUCAGGAUCACCAAGAAUUUGCGUGUCUGUGGUGAUUGUCAUACUGCCAUUACUUACAUUUCUAUGAUCAUUGAUCAUGAAAUCAUAUUGAGGGACUCCACUCGCUUCCAUCAUUUCAACAAAGGAUCCUGCUCCUGCAGGGGCUACUGGUGAUAAUUAGGUCGAUUAUUUCUUUUUUUUUUUUUUU